AUGUCCUCUGCACCGACAUCGUUACCAUUAAUGAGUACAAAUCUUACCCCAUCUACGUCUCCUAUAUCUGUAUCGUUGAAAUUAGCAAAUUUAAGUAUUACACCAUCUGCGUCAUCUGGAUAUAACCUAGUGACUUCGCCGAGUUCAAAUUCUACUCAAGCUCUAUCACCUUCAUCAACUUCAUUAGAAUCUACAAGUUUAGAUCCUACCUUUAUCAUAACUUCUCCAUUUAAUGUACAAAGUUCAGCUCCCAUCCUAUACACAUCUGAAUUAUUAGAGCCACUUUGUACAACUCCUACUCCCGUUUUAUCUACUCAUUUGUAUUUAUCAAAGUUAACUCUUAAUCUUGACCGGCCAACUGUACCUACUGCUUUAUACUUGCCGAGUUAA